GAGUCAAAACACAUUGUACUAGACUUACAAGUAACCUUUUCAUUUGCAAAAGAACCAAAUAGCAGAACUCGAGAAACAAAAAAGGAACCAAAUACUGGAUGCUGAUUUAAGACCACCACAAAACAUUUAACAGUCGGACUGAGCAGGGGAAAAAUAAAAAAGAAUGUCCUCACCAUAUAAGGAUUUGCAUGACGAUUACGUUCCUAAUCGAUGGAGCUCCAGUAGGCUUGUAGCUUUAGCCACUAUCGUUGGCUGUUUGAUUGUAUUAGGUUUACUUGCCUAUUUCCCUCUAAUGGAGGGAUGGAGAGGAUUUAAAGUAAGCCCAGGAUUUGGAGACCAUGAAGAAGCCAGGAUCGAGGGGAAUAAAUUGAGUCGUCCUGUGAAUGAUGAGCAGGCCAGGUUGGUUCUUACUGAGAGCAUACCACUUUAUUUGAAGUAUGAAGCUAAUGCCACCUUUGGGACACCCCUGUACGAGGCUUGGAAAGACCUCCUGGUCAUGGCUACAGAGAGGGUCGAUGUAGCCUCUUUCUACUGGUCCCUUACUGGUGAUGACAUCACGGUCAACUCUUCUACUGACUUACCUGGAAGGGAUAUACUGAAGCAUUUUGAGGACCUGCCACUGAGGAACGUGUCCGUACGCGUGGCCACCAGCAUUCCCACUGUGGCACCAAACUCCACAGAUCUGCAGAUUCUCAAGCAUAAAGGGGUCCAUGUAAAGAAGGUGGAUUUUGGGCGUUUAACAAAGGGUAUACUUCACACCAAACUAUGGAUCAUAGACAUGAAACAUAUUUACAUUGGAAGUGCAAACAUGGACUGGAGAGCAUUAACACAGGUGAAAGAACUUGGAGUGGUCAUAUACAACUGCUCCCAAAUGGCCGAGGAUCUCCAUAAGAUUUUCAAGUCAUACUGGGUGCUUGGCCAUCACAAUGCCUCCAUCCCAGACCCCUGGCCCUCUGAUUUUGACACGACCAUCAACAAAGAGCACCCCCUGCUGGUGAAUAUAAGUGGUAUCCCCAGCAGGGUCUACAUCACUGGCUCUCCUCCCUCUUUCUGCCCUGCCGGUAGAACUAGAGAUUUAGAUGCCAUUCUUUCUGUAAUCGAGGGGGCAGAGCAUUUCAUUGAUGUGGCUGUCAUGGAGUACUUCCCCACAUCUCGUUUUACUCGCCCCAAAAGCUACUGGCCAAUCAUUGAGAAUGCACUGAAGCAGUCAGCUUUUGAGCGACAUGUUCCAAUCCGCCUCUUGGUCAGCUGUGGAAGAGAUACAGACCCAGCCAUGUUGCCCUUCCUGCUGUCCCUCAGUGACCUGAACCUGCCCGCUGAGAACAUCAGCAUUGAAGUGAAACUCUUCAUAGUGCCAGUGGGGAACCAAUCGGAUAUCCCCUACUCCAGAGUGAAUCACAAUAAAUAUAUGGUUACAGAUAAAGUGGCAUAUAUUGGAACGUCCAACUGGUCUGCUGACUACUUCAACACAACAGCAGGGGUGGCGCUUGUGGUCUCCCAGGAUGCACCUCACCCAAGCUUGGUGGAGCAGAUGCUUCAGAUGCAGCUGAGAGGGACAUUUGAACGGGACUGGAACUCUCAAUUCGCUGUAGCUCUCUCUGACCUGGGCCAUCAGCCUGACUGUGCAUUCUCUGAAAGAUUGUGACACUCUGAAUUGUGACAACAGAGCUCUCUCAACAGGGCUGUAAGAGAUCAGAAAUCAUAGAGAGAAGGUUUUAACUUGAAACAAAGGAAUCGGCGCAGAACAGGAGAUAUAAAAUAUUUUAAAUCCUCCUUAGUAUAGUUUGUGUGCACUAUGAGUUACAUGAGGUUAGAUCUGUGGCGAGGACUAGAUGAGGGUUAGCUAUGUCAUAAUAUGUAAAACCAUAAAAUUGAAAAUGGGUGUUCUUUCUUUUUCAAAUGUGUAAAGUUGAUACGAAUAAGCUACAGUUAUGUAUAAAGGAUCUGCGGAUGUGUGAUCAUAAAUAGGCAAACUUGUUAAUCAGGAAAGAGUAGUCUACAUUUUAAGUAAAUCAAAUUCUCCGCCCUUCCCAUUGAGUAAGUACAUGUUGUACUUCCUUAUCCUAGUAUAUACACCCAUUUCAGCUAUUUGUAGCUCACUGGCUGCCACUGAUCACGUUCACCUUUGUUUUGUCAAAGAAAAUGUAUUUAACAUAGAAUAUCACAAUGUCACAUGAAAUGCAUUUGAAACUGUUUUUCAGUUGGUUGUUCACAAUGUUCUUUACCUCUGUGGCAUUCUUCAGUGUUUAUUCAUAUUUUCAAAUCUUAAUACCUUACUUGCAUUACCCAAUUGAUGUUUGCACACAAUAAUAUUUUUAAAGUCUGAAUGUGUUUUGUGAUGAGUUGAGAUUGUGAUUAAUUUGGCUCAUUAAUAAUGACUUUUGUUUAA